AUGAGUUUUGUCGGCCCAUCGUCGUCUUUUGACCCUCUUUUCGCGUUUCUUUCGUUUUCCCUGUUAAAGGUCGAGGCAGCGUUCUACAGUCUCCCCGGUUCGUCGGUCAUCGCGCGAUAUGUCAAGAGUUCGCACCAGAACGAUCCUGGCCGAACGGUGUUAGAGCUUAUCUUGGUUGUUUUUGCCAUCCGGACGCUGCUGCAGAGUCGUACGAGGAAUGAGAAACAGCAGAAACACUUCAUUGAAUUUGACGAAAAGGAAAUCGACGAGCUUGUUGCAGAAUGGACACCCGAACCACUGACACCACAACUUACGGCCACGGAAAAGAGUGACCUCGCUGCAAUUCCGAUCAUUUCCGGCGCAAAUGGCGCGAAACCCAGAGUCACGAAAAUGGCGAAACCCGUAUUGAACCUCGCUAGCUACAAUUUUACUGGUCUCGCCGGGAACGAACACAUUACAUCUCGUGCGGUUGAAACACUCCGACGCUACGGUUUAGGAAGCUGUGGUCCUUCAGGUUUCUACGGCACGAUUGACGUCCAUACCAAGUUCGAAGAGACUGUCGCAUCAUUCUUGGGAACCGAAGCCGCUAUCCUCUACGCUCAGUCUAUGGCCACCAUCGAAUCUGUCAUCCCUGCUUUCUGCAAGCGUGGAGAUCUCAUCAUUGCCGACAAGCAUUCAAGUUUUGCGAUUCGAAAGGGGCUAGAAAUCUCCCGGGCAACGGUCAGGUGGUACGAACAUAACGAUCUCGCUAGCCUCGAGGAAGUUUUGAUGACUAUCGAGAAAGAGGAGAAGCGACGCUUGCGCAGACGCGGUUGCCUAAGCAGACUUUUCGGGCGCUCGCGAAUUCAGGUCAAAUACAUCGUCACCGAAGGUAUCUUCGAGAGGGACGGAGCCAUGGUGGACCUUCCCAAGUUAAUCGAACUCAAGCAGAAGUACAAGUACCGCCUCAUCCUCGACGAGAACAUGUCUUUCGGCUCUGUCGGUCGCACUGGUCGUGGUUUGACAGAGCUAUACAACGUUCCGGCCACCAAGAUUGAUAUGAUUGUUGGUUCUGCUGCAAUUGGUCUCGGUGCUGGCGGAGGAUUCUGCGCGGGUACUCAGGCCGUUAUCGACCAUCAGCGAAGUAACGGUAUGGCAUUUGUGUUCUCGGCAUCUCUCCCGGCCCUCCUCGCCGUCUCCGCCACAGAGGCCAUCCAAAUCUUGUCGUCCACCCCGUCCAUUCUAGAAUCACUCCACGAGAACACACGCGCAGCACGAGCUAUCUUGGACAAAGUCGACGGUAUCACGAUCCCCAGCCAUCCUGCUAGCCCCCUCAUCCACAUUUACCUCAAGGGUUACACCUUCAACCCCACCCAGAUCGCGCUUGAGGAAAGUAUCUUGCAAGAGAUUGUGGAUGAAGCUCUGUCCCAAGGUGUGUUGUUGACCAGGGCUAAGCGCCUGCGAGGCCAGGAAGUCAACGAGCCCAAGCCAAGCAUCAAGCUUAGCAUCAGCGGUGGCAGUGGCGGGUUAACGAAGAAAGAGGUUGAGAAAGCUUGUGCUGUCAUCAAGAGCGCCGUUGCGAAAGUUCUGGCCAAGAGACGAUGA